CCACAUACUGUUUGAUAAAUAGAUGGACCGAUAAAAACCGGUCUUCGUCGCUCUCCGUCCCCCAUUAUAAUUGCGUUGAGUAGCAGCCGAGCAGUUAGGUCUAGCGGAAAGCCUGAAUGCUGAUACACAUUUAGUCAUGGCAGUCCAUGAGAAUUUAGUUCUGCAUAUAGGAGAAGACAAAUUCUACAUUGAAGCGAGAGACCAAGGUACUAAGGAAGUUCUCGUCAUUGACAGGCUAAGUCAAGAAAUUGUUUUAGAACCUAAUGGCAUUAAAUUACCAACCGUCACAGCUACUCAACCAGUAUGUGGUAUUCUUGGCACAGUCAACCUCCUUGCAGGCCAUUAUCUUAUCCUUAUAACCAAGAAGAUGAAGGUGGGUGAGAUCAAAGGGGAAACUAUUUGGAAAGUUACAAGUACAGAAUUAUUUCCUUAUAGGAAAACACUACUUCACUUGUCAGAGAUACAGCAACGUUAUAAUAGAGUUUAUGAGAACAUGAUACAGCAAGUAUUGGAUAUGAAUUGCUACUACUUCUCAACAACCUAUGACCUGACCCAUACACUACAGAGGUUAUACAACACCAGUCCUGAAUUUUCGCAGAUACCUCUUCAUGAAAGGGCUGAUCAGAGGUUUGUUUGGAAUUGUCAUUUGCUCCGGGAAUUAAGUGCUCAGCCUGAGUUGUCAAGGUUCAUCCUUCCUGUGAUGUGUGGCUUCAUCAGUGUAAAAGUUGGCCUUAUAAAUAGUAGGCGUUUUGAGUAUAUACUUGUGUCACGUAGAAGCUGCUUUCGUGCAGGAACAAGGUUCUACAUGCGUGGUCUUGAUGAAGAAGGGCAUGCAGCAAACUUUGUAGAGACAGAACAGAUCAUACAAUAUGAUGGUAACAUGGCCUCUUUUGUCCAGACUCGUGGAUCAAUUCCACUUUUCUGGUCUCAACGUCCAAACAUUAAGUACAAGCCAACUCCACAAAUCAGCAAAUCCCAAAACCAUCUUGAUGCUUUCCAUCGUCAUAUUGAUAGUUCGGUUGUCAGUUAUGGUAUGCAUGUUCUGAUCAAUUUGAUUGAUCAUAAAGGUGCUGAGAAGCUGUUGGAAGAUAGGUUUGCAAAGACUGUAUAUGAUUCCAAAAAUGAGCAGAUUAGGUACGAGUCCUUUGACUUUCACCAUGAGUGUCGGAAGAUGCAGUGGCACCGUCUCUCCAUCUUAACUGACAGGUUAGCCAAAGAACAAGAGCAGUUCGGGUAUUUUAUGGUAUCAUCAAGCAAUGAGCUAUUGAAGCAUCAGAUUGGUGUAUUCAGAACUAACUGUAUUGACUGUUUAGACAGGACCAAUGUUGUCCAGAGUUUGCUUGCUAGACGUUCUUUAUAUGAACAGAUGCAGUUUUUUGGAAUAUUGAAGCCUGGAGAACAAAUCAAGGACCAUACGUUUGAUAAUACUUUUAACAAUGUUUGGGCUGAUAAUGCAGAUGAAUGUUCUAAGCAGUAUGCAGGGACUGGUGCUCUCAAGACCGACUUUACACGUACUGGCAAAAGGACCAGGUACGGUCUCUUGAAAGAUGGUUACAAUUCAAUUGUUAGGUAUUACAAGAACAACUUUUCAGAUGGAACUAGGCAGGAUGCUAUUGAUCUGUUUCUUGGUAACUAUAUUAUUGAAGAAAAUGAAGGCAUUACAUUCCCCUCCCCCUUGGAACAGCAGAGAGAUGUCAAGUAUUUACUUCUACCUCUUAUAUGUGUUAUUGCAUUUAGUAUGACGCUCAUCAGUAUCCUAAUGCCUCCAGCUGAGACUUUCCUGGCAAUCAUGUACUUCAUCUUCUGGUUAACAGCUACUAUUGUUACCUUAGGACUAAUUUACAUAUUUGGACUGGAGUAUGUGGAUGCACCUAGAUUGUGUCAGAAUAAGAUAAAAGUUGACUAAGCAAUAAGAGUGCAGGUCUUCAACACAAACAAAUACUUUUAGUUUGGAGUAGAGAGCAGUAACUACAAUAAUCAUGAAACAUAUGAGUAUAAUUUUACAGAGCUUACAUAUACCAGUGGAUAAAUAUUUUCGAAAUUGAAGUACUAAAUAAUCAGAGAUAAAUCAGAUGUUAAACAUUCAUGAAACUAUAUACUGUAAUUUAAAAAAAAUAUGAUAUAUGGACCCGAAAAAUUCUUGAAUAUUGUGGCAAGCAAUAGAAUUGGUCGCAGUAAAUUUCUUUAUUAGAUAAAUUAUAAAUCAAUCCUUUGGUUCAAGUUUGUUUGGUGUUUAGAUGCUGCCAUAACUAUAUCACCGUUUAAUGAUGACCGUAUAAUUAUAGUGAUCAUAAUUUAGAAUUGUUGCAUAGAUGGCAAUGAUUACUAGGUUUUGCUAUAUUAUUUUAAAUAAAUUAUCUUCAUCCUACAGUAUUAAUAAGAUGUGAUAUUAAUGUUUUCACUUUAAGACCACUUUAAAAAACCAAAUUUGUACACUGUAAAUAUGAAUAUGCAAUCAUAAUAUCAGUGAUAAAUAUAUGACCAACACUUAUCUGUGGUUCUCUAAUUAGCAAACCCUCACAAUUGAAUUUUUUCCUCGUGAUUUUUUAUGUAUGCAGUUUUUUAAUACUCAGAACUAUGAGAAUCUAGGUUUAAGGGCUUUUUAGCACAAUCAUGUAUAUUUGCAUAAUUAUAUAAUUAACAAGAUUGAUAAGUUGUAUUACAUUAUUAAUAGGAUUGGCGGUGAGCUAGUUUACUGACUUGCCACCUUAAUUUAAACUUUAUUUUACCUGGUUUUAUAGCAAACAUAUUUGGUGAAUCUUCAGAGGGUGAGGAAAAUUUUAAAAAUUCCAAGGAAAAUUGCUCUACCAAAAAAGCAUCCAGAAAAAGGUAUGCCCUUAUAGAGUACUACAGUGUUACGUCACGAUACCACACUACUACGUUGCUAUUGGCGACACAAAAUGCCACUGACAAACCAUUGAUCCCAAUUUCUAAUGUAUUCAUUAAGAUGUUGUAUCUUAGUUUGUCUUUGUAAAUUUUAAUUGAUGAUUAAAUGUCUGUUCCAAUAACUAAUUUAAUGCAAGCUUUUGUGUUUUUAGUACAUUUUGAUGGUACAGUAAAUUAUUUGGUUUUAAAAAGCCUAUUCCAAACCAUUAAGAUUAUGAAGUCAUUCAGGCGCAAUGAACGGUAACCAGCAUCUGGUUGAAAACAAAGGGUGCCACAUGGUGUUGUGACGACAUGACUUGUACUCUAUAGGCAUCUUUAGAGAUUUUAUUUUGUUGUAGAACUGGUAUGCUUUACAAUUUGUUCUGGGGGAUAUUGUGAAAUUCCAAUUUUUUAUGGCUUCUGUUGUGCAAACAAAAUCUGUAUUUGAAAUAAAUAUUAUAGGAGGGCAUUGGUUCACAAAACAAAAUGUAAUAAAAACAUGUGAGGACUCACAAAAAAUUGAGUCACAGGGUUUCGAAAAUACCAAAAUGAGGUUUACCUGCAUAGAUAUUAGCUACUGUAUUAAAUUGGUCUUUGAAUAAAUUUACUAGAAUAUUUAGAACAAGAAAUGUCAGCUUUUGAAGUUUAGAUAAUGCAUUAUGGAAACCUUUUUCGUUGGAAAAAGAAGGCCCAAUUUUAAACAAAUACAUAAAUCUGCAAAAAAAAUAUGUAGAAAAUUUAUUCAAAAGUAAUACUAAAAUAUAAAAAAAAUCAAACUAUUAAAAUAUGUCAAGAUGAAAAGAUCACAAGUAUUUACUAAUAAUCUCAAUAAUGAUCUCACCAACCGUGUAUGUCAUUUCGUAGCGAGACCAAGCCAAACCAGUCACUCAUGUAAAUCAGAGAAAAUAGCCAAAACAUGCUAUCAUGCUAUUUUGUUAUUUUCCCCGUUUUCAAUGUUAAACCAAAAAUGUUUAAUGAUUUGGUGAAUAUGUUUCUGCAAAUGCCUGAAAUUGUAAACUUUGAAAGCUGAUUUCUCAAAUACUCCUGUGACUUCAUAAUGAAAUGUUGGAUGUAAAUGGUUUACAUUUUAUAACUCUCAUUUUACUAUUGAUUGUUUGCAAGGAGUGACUGGUUUGGCUUGACUUUUGCCACAUAUGUUGUUGCAAUAUUCAAUCUAGCUGAAAAAAACUGUAUUUCCAGUUCCUUGUAAUCACUGAAUAAAUUGAAAUUAUAAGUAAUCGUUUU